GCCUACACUGGAUGAGAGCAUCACUUCAAAAGCAUAUAGAACCCAUUUGUAAUCAAAGACGCUGUAUAGCAGUAUAGAUCUUUAUCACUUACUUUAAAAACGUACGUUUUCAAAAAUUAACAUAACUGCUUCAAAAUUACACAGACUGAAAACCCCCACUCGAGGUAAGGGCGGGGCUUUGACUUCAUCCCUGGACCUGUAUCGCCCUCCUACGAGAGGCGGCGCUACUUUCACUUUAGGGAAGGCGCUUUUUUUAAAAACUUAGUUUGUAACCAGAGAUGCAGUAUGAUGCUGUUGUUGACGGCUAAUUCUGAGAGGAACAUGUACCGACGAUGCUGUUUCAUCUAUCUGUUGGUACUGUUAAUAGAUACAGCCUCUCUGCACAGGUUGGUUGAAGGCGUUGAAGGAGGCUCUGUCGUUUUGCUGUGCAGCAAAAGCAGCACUGUACUUGAAGAAAAACAUCUGACAGUUCACUGGAGACACAACGACACCAGGAAUGUAUAUGAUAUUAUCCAGGGAGAAGUUUCUGUAAAGGAACAAGACCCAGCGUACAAGAACAGAGCUGAAGUUUUAUCUGAAGAGCUCAAGAAGGGCCAGAUCUUUCUCAAACUCACCGAUCUUAAGCUCUCCGAUAGAGGAACGUUCCUCUGUUUUGUUCCGGAUUUGAGACUUUAUCACAGUACUCAACUGGUGGUCAAAGAACGACCAGUAAAAGAAUACAGAGCAGAUUAUGUAAAAAGCCAUGGUGGAACAAGCCUGGGAAGGACUCUGCACAUCCUACUUUUAUCUGGAUUCAUUCUGCACUUUAUUUGAUUCUGCCCAUUCUAUUGUAAAUUGAAAAACAAAGCAAACCAGGCCAUUGGGCCCCAUUUUUGUGGUGUUUGUUAAUAGAUGAUGUGCUGCACUUCUAAUCUUUUUAUACUACACAAUGCAAAUGAAUAGUACAAUUAAAAUUUUUUUUUUUUUUUAACAUAAAACAUUAUUUAAAGCUAUAAUGAAUCAAAGAUUUGUGUUCAUUAAUGAAUGAAUGAAUGAAAAUGUGUCAUUUUUAAACCUGAAUGAAAUUAUUUCUUCUGCUGAAUACAAAAUAAGAUAUUUUGAAGAAUGUGGGUAACCAAAGAGUUGGUGACCAGCAACCCACAUUCUUCAAAAUAUCUUAUUUUGUGUUCAGCAGAAGAAAGAAAUUCAUUCAGGUUUAAAACAACUUGAGAGUGAGUAAAUGAUGAGAGAAUUUUCAUUUUUGGGUGAACUAUUCUUUUAAUGUUAAUACAUUUAUUAUUGUUAUCUUCCUACAGGUCCAUCUGAACUGUUAAUUUUAUUUUAUUAAGUAUUUCAUUUGAUAUUGUCCAUUUUGUACACUUACAUUUAUUUUUUAUAUAAGAAGAUACUGUUUAUCUUAAAAAAAGUUAUUUUAACCGAGGGACCCCCAAAUAAAAUUCUGCUUAGGACCCUAUAGCUUGGGCCGGCCCUGAUCCUACUUAAUACAGUGAGCUUUACUGUAAGGUAUGGAGUCGUUUUGAAUCUGACGGUAACCCUCACAUCAGUUGAGUAUAACAUGCACCGACGGUAAGAGUUUCUCAAUAUAAACUAUUCGUUUUUGAGUUUAAUAACAGUCUCAGUGGGCUUUUAAGUCUGGGACAUUGAGUGAAUGUGUCAUUUAGACAACAAUAUAUUGGAAUCGUGAAAAUUAACCAUGGUUACUACACUUUUACUACAGUAAAAUUUAUUAAGGGGUGGUAGAAUGAUAGUUAAUGUUGUCUCAAACAUAAUGAUGACAAAAACUAUAAACAAGACACAAGACAGUGCACACUUCUGUCGAAUGUCGUGCAUAGAAAGUUUCUCGACCCGUGUCAUUUAUCACUUAUUCGAACCAUAGAGCUGUCAGCCGCUCUGAUCUGGAGCUGUCAAAGUGUGUCACAGAUGUUCGGAGUGA